AUGUCGCAACAACCAACUUUAUAUUAUUUUAACGGAAGAGGAUUUGGAGAAUUACCAAGACUUAUUUUAAAUUUUGCUGGUGUCCAAUUCACUGAUGUUCGUGUAGAGGAUAUUGAUGAUGCACUUAGGGCUCGUCUUCCAUUUGGACAAAUUCCAUUCUUUGAAGAUGGUAAAAUCGAGUUGUCACAAUCAAGAUCCAUUGUUAGAUUCCUUUCAUCAAAAUACAAGAUUGCUGGAAAGGAUGAAAAUGAAAUUGCUCUAGUCGAUGCUGUGGCCGAAAGUAUUUGGGAUGUUGUCAAUCCAUACUUUAUUGUCAAGGAUGAUGCUGAAAAACUCCUCAAAUACAAGACUGAAACCAUUCCAAGAUUCUUUGCCAAUUGGGAAUCAUUACUUUUAAAGAAUGGUGGUAAACAUUUUGUUGGUCAAUCUCUAACCUAUGCCGAUAUCUCCAUCUUCCAUGCAUUGGAUUAUCUAAAGUUUGUUGGAUUGGAUCAACUUGACUCUACCAAAUAUCCAACUCUUCAAUCACUUUAUAAAUCAGUCUCUGAAAUUCCAUCAUUAAAACUAUAUUUGGAAAAUAGACCAACUGAUUCAAAGUUUUAA